GUGGUGGUCACAUCUGAAGAUCUUUGGAUCAAGACAUAUGGACAACUCUAUAAGAGAUUAUGUUCAUCGGGCGCUAAUAUUCCUCUAGGAAUAUUCAGAACGAAGAAUAUGGACAGUAAGACGGUCUCUCAUGAAAUGGAGGAAAGGUGUCACUUAGUGGAUGCUUCACAGCUCGAAAUGGCUGUCGAGCGAAGGAAGGAAAUGCUGAAUCAUAUCAGAACGAGAAUGAGAAACUUGGGAAUAACAGAUGAUGCAGAAACUCUCGAUAGCAGGGAUGCGGUGGAAAACAGUAAUAAGAUCUCCUUCGUCAUAAUCAAUCCAGCUGCAGACUUGCAACUUGAAGCAGGAGAUAUUGUGUACGUUGCCUCUUUUUCUGUUUUCAUAUCUCUAUUAUAUGCGGCCAAAGAGCGCUCCCUUCUCGCGGCUGAUCUUUUCGUGAACCGUAAAAGUCCUGCGGAGGCUCGAUAG